UACACAACAACCCCCUAACAACACUUCUUCCUUUCUUCGAAACAUACCCUCCUCUUCUUUGAAACAAUGCCUUAAAAGCGAAAACCCUAACACAGAGCUCAUCACCCUAACGGCGGCGGCGCUCUUCACCUAACAUAAAGCUCAUCGCCGGUGCUCUCACUCUCUCCCCCAAUAACACUCGUUGAUCAACCUCGUUCCAACCCUCUCUAGCAACCCCUCCGUAGGUGCCACCUCUACCGAUGUUCCCUGUGUCAGCGCUCCUUCCGUUUCUCCUGUAAACACCUAUCCCUCCUUCGGCGGUGACUCACUCUAGUAAGGCCUCCCUCGGCGCUCACUCUCUAUCGCAAACCUUCCGUCGACGCUCACUCUCUCUCGCAAACCCUCAAUCGUCACUCCUCCCUCCAUGGUUCAGCACCCGCCGCAUUGCCGUCUCCCUCUCUGAAGUCGUCGCGCCGCCGUCUCCAUCUCCUUCACUCGUCGCACCUCCGUUAGCCACGUUCAGCGUUCGCAGCACCGUGAUAAAUUAUCUGUUCAAAAUUUUUUUUGAUCUGAUUAUUUGUUUUUGAAUUUGAUUUUUUGUUUUGAUUUUCUUGGUUCUUCAUUUUUUUUCUGAUUUUUCUAAAUUUAUAUUUUUGUUCUAAUAUGAUAUUUGGUUUAGGGUUUUUUGCUAUAGAGUAACUUUAGUUGGGUAGGUUAUAAGCUAUUAUUUUUGCUAUAGAGUAACUUGGUAGGGGUACCUUUCCCUGCUUGAUUUGUUACGAAGACUGUUUAAUAUAUUUCAAUACUUAAAUAUAGUUAAUAUUUAAUAUCCAACUUGCAGGACAUUCAAGAGGCUCAUGAGGCAAAUAGUUGCUGUAUUUGGUGUUGAUUGUGCAUCAGGAGAUACGUUUACUGAUGGAUUUGUUAAAUACACAAUGAGUUCCAUGAAUGUUCCUGAACCUGUAAUGUCAUUAGCUGUACAGCCAGUUUCAAAAGAUUCUGGAGGGCAAUUUUCAAAAGCUUUGAAUCGCUUCCAGAAAGAGGAUCCUACAUUCCGUGUUGGUUUAGACCCAGAGAGUGGGCAGGUAUAUUGAACCACUUCCGGCAGGAUCACCUAUAGGAUAAGACCUAUGGCCAUGCUUUUUAAGCGUGGCAAGAGAUGAAAGCGUGCCAACAAAAAAACGUGCCAAUAGAUCCACAAAAGCGUGGUGAUAGAGCAACCGACACGCUGGCAGUGUGACCCUUUCAAAACCAUGCCGAUAGCUCAAAAAGCGUGGCAAAAAGUUAUCGGCACGCUUUUUUGCACUUUUCGGCAUGCUUUUAAAGUGUGGUAGAAAACUUAUUUUCUUGUAGUGGCAAGAAAACAAUAAUAACAACUCAAUUAAAUAAUAAUAAACAUAAAAGCAUCAAAUUGCAUUAAUUGAAAUUAAAGUUGAAAA